AUAGAAAGCGGAGAUCGAAUUUGGAUUAUUGACCGGGCGGCGGCGGGGAGGUGUGUGUGCAGCUGGUUCAGUUCAGGAUCGAUGUUGCAGGUUCCAGGUUUAUGCAAGGAUGGGACGGGACCUGAAGGCUAUGGCUAUUUGGGCGGCCAAUUAGUGUGCGACAAGGACGACAUUUACGGACAUUGGUCGCCAAAGGGAAGGACUGCAGGCUGGAUGGUGUUAUGCAGGGAGGCGCCCGAGGGUGAG